CUGUUGUUACUACACAGGGUGAUUGGCCUGUUUUCCCAUGGUUUCCUGGCUGGUUAUGCUGUAUGGAAUAUCAUUGUGGUCUAUGUUUUGGCUGGGGAACAGAUGAGCACUUUUUCCAACCUACUCCAGCAGUAUAAUACCCUGGCCUACCCCGCACAGUCCCUGCUCUACCUGCUGCUGGCCCUCAGCACUGUUUCUGCCUUCGACAGGUUGAAUCUUGCCAAAGCCGCUACGACCAUGAGGAGUUUACUGACCCUCAGUCCUGUGGCGCUUGCUUCCUUCUUGUACUUUUCCGCACUCGUUUUAUCAUUAAGCCAGCAGAUGACAAGUGAUCGCAUCAAUCUCUAUAAUCAGUACUCCAGCUAUAAUGUGACACUCUGGCAGCCGGGCUCAGAGCGCAGCAUCCUUCACCCCUGGAUCAUAGUAAACCUGGUGGUCUCUUUGCUGGUCGGGCUGGCCUGGGUUCUGAUGUCAACAAGUCCAGAUAUCGACCACACAGAAGAGUUUUUAAUGUUGAUGGAAAUGGAACAUCCAAAAGCAGAAGAGAAGGGAAACAUCACUGCAUAAGGCACCUGAAGGCAUUUUGAUACAUGGUUGAUUUGUCAUUGUAUAUAUUAGAAAUGUCAAACACUUGCCUAUUGUAAGGUCUCAGCAAU